UUAUUAUUGUUUUUAUUUUUAUUUGAGAGUCAAGAGGCAGUGCAAUCUUUCCGGAAGGGGCUGAGAUUAAUUUUACAUUAAAAUGUCGUGAGGGUCUAAGUAAUUUAUUCGUGAAAUUUAUGUGCGGAAAAGUCCUUAGUCUUUAGAAUAGUAAUAUACGCGUAGGAAACGGCAAAAUGUGUAGGUAUGCUUGUGUCCUGUUACCUGUGAUAUUGAUGUUUGUUUAUGUUUCGGAAGUCUCCAGUAUUGUAUGCACUAAAGAAGAAUUAUUUGACACAACACCUUUGAUUUGUCCUGGACCUUAUGAUCCUAAGGAUAAAGUUUAUUGUUGUGGUCCUAAAAAGCGACGAUUUUGUUGCAGCUAUGCAGAGUAUGCAUCUGCAAUCAACACGAUUGGCAUUAUAGUGGGUGUGUUGGUGACAGCUAUAGUGGUUGUUGUUAUCAUAGUGGUGGUGUCAUGUUUCUGCUGCAGUUGUUGCCUCCUAGCUAAACGAUGCAAUCGCCGAGGAAAUACAUCAUACACUGCGAGUCAGCCGGCAGCGACCACUACGACGACAACUGCUCAUUAUUCAGCCCAACCGGCUUACCCUAUUCAAACCUUUCCCACUGGCUAUCCACAGCAACAGUUCCAACAACAAUAUCCACAGCAGCAGUUUACCCAAGAACACUUUCAGUACCCACCUCAACCAUACCCACCUCAGGCUCCAUACCCUCUUGCUGGAGGUUACCAAGGAGGAUACCCACCUCCCUCUGGAAACCCACCACCAUACCCAGUCAAUGAUCAACCACCAUAUAAUCCCUCAUUUGCUGGAGGGAAAUGAUUAUUUGCUCACUAGUUGGGAGAUGUUGAGAAUUAGGGGUCUGAUUCAUACCUUCGAACUGUGGCAAUUUGCAUAAGUAUACUCUUUUUUGCAUUUAGCAAAAAAAGUUAUUUGAUGGACAUUAAGACUGUUUACAUAGAAAGUAAAUUAUUACAGGGAGCUUUUGUGUUUUGUGAUAUUGAAUCCACUCUUAACCUCAUUAUGCUGUGUUUGUGCAUUAUCUAAUCAUUAUUAAUUUAUUUAUGUAGGAUAUUAAAGCAUCUCAUUAGAGAAUAUUCUGAAAGUAUUUUUUUUUUUCCUGUUAAAUUUCGACUUUAGAUAUGUAUUGUAACAAAUUAAUUUAUUUUUUUUCUAUUACAGUGAUCUUGUGUACUUGAUUUUUGUGUUAACUUUCUGUGGUUGCAUUUUUACCAAAGUAGUAUUUGUGCUGUGUGUUAUGUUUUUUUUUUAUUAUUUUAAUCUUUUUGUUUUGAACCUUGGUUCAUUUUCUUUUUUCUUUCAGAUUUUAAAUAAUGAAGUUACCACUUUGUAUAUAAAAAUUAAUUGCCUUUAAUGUUAAUCUGUACAGUUAUUGUUAAAAUGUUUGUAUUAAAAAAAGAUACAAAUUUUGUUAAAUAAUGAUUUAACUGCAGAAUACCAAAUUUUCCAUGGUUCCCCUUUCUUUGAUUUUUUUUGUUUGCUUUAAAGUUUCAGCUGCAUCAUUGCUCCAAGCAAGGUUUUCAAAUGACUUCUUGUUAUGUAAAUAGUGAAACAGAAUUCUUUUCAAAUUAUCUGGUGUUCUUUUUGGAACUUACAAGUUUCGAUUGAAGAAAAUUUUACGUAUUCCAUAUGUAUUAUAGAUCAGCAAUCGUUAAAAAAAUUUUAAGGUUAUGGUUCUUUUUAAAGAUAUUGGCCAGUUUUAAUUAUUAAUUACAGUUAAUAAUGAUUAUCCUUUUUGGAGAAUAAAAUUUCUAUUUAUUUUUGAGAAGUUUUAUUUUUUAUUUAUUCCCUCCUCCCCUAAUUUUUUUUUUACAUUCGUUUUCUUAUACAUUAUUUCAUGUAACUGAGAUAUUUCUCUGAGUAGAUUGGUUAUUCAUUUAUAGGAUCUGAUAACGUUUCUCAAUUAUGAUGUCAAUUUAUGACUCAGCCCCCUUAUUUACAUAAUAUAUUAUUACAGUUUUACCACUGGUAUAUGUAUGUGUAGUUCCGUAGAAUAGAAUUAUCUAGCACUACUAUCAUAAGAGCAGUGUAUCGUCAUCAGAAUCUCAUGUGCAGUGCAUUUAUAUAUUAUAAUUCCCUGUUGAGAAAACUUCACAAUUCUGACAUCAAAAAUUAUUUAUUAUUAUUUAUUGGAUAAUUACAUUUUAUUUUAUGUGAGUUAUUAUUUGAAUAAUUUUUAUCAUAAAAUUCACAGUUGAAUAUUAAGUCAGAAAAAAAAAGUGUAUGUGGAUAUACCUGACAUAAUAGUUUUUAUCUGUUCCGUCAAAUUAAUGGUGGAAACUGAUUAAAUUUUAACUUGGUUAUAAUUUGUAUUAUUAAAUUUGUUGUAUUUGAUUGACAAGUUAUUCAUUAUAUACUUAAGUAUUGUGUAUAAACACUAUAUUAUAAUUUCAUAAUUGUUAUACGUUUCACUUCGUUCGAAAUAUUACCAAAAAUAACAUUAAUUAUUACUUUCCCAAAUUGGUCAUCGGAGCUUAAUAAUGACACCUAAAAUAUUUUCCUUGUCUUCCUUCAUAUUCUGAAAACGUUUGUGUAUUUUGUGCUAUUAAGUAUUUCAUUUCUUGCAAAUAUUUAAAAUUGUUCUCUGUAUUACAUUACAUUUUGUUUUAUUCAAUGAGAUUUGUUUUUAUAAAUUUAUACUUUUGUUAUUCCUUAGUUUCUUAUUUGUUUUCACUGCACUUGGUUUGUUUUUUAAAUCUCCUUUUAUUUUUUGUAUCAUUUUCUUAAGGAUGUUUCUAGCUUUCUCCUGAACAAAGGUGAACAAAUUAAAAAUUCUAUCUUAUCAAUUGUUGGAAGUACUUCAUUUCAUUGUAAAAUAACACAUCCAGUUUCUAGGUAUUAGAAAAAAUAUACAAUAAACAAUAUUUCAUAUUGAUGUUUUAAUCUGAAUUUGAAUUAAAAGGAUGUUAUUUCAUUAUAAGCAAUUCUUUGUAUAAUUUUUACACUUACUGUUAAUUUUAAAAAUAUUAAGUUUUCAAUUUUGGCAUCUACAUCAUUUGCUCUAUAUUAUUAGGGUUGUCAAAUAAAUAAUAAACCAAACUGGAUUUGUUAUAACUGAAAUUUUUGUACCUUAAUUAAAGAUAUUUACUCCUUAGCUCUCCAAAUAAAUAAUCUUUUUUUUGUGUGUGUGUAUGUGCGUAAAGCUGAGCUUUUUUUUUAUGAACCAUUUGUGAGCCACAUUCUUUUUGUCAAUAUGUGAAUGGUAUCAUUGCUCUCCCAAAAAUUUCUUUGGCAGGUUAGUUCGUUUUACCAAAUACUAUAAAGUCACAACAUGAAAAGCCUGUACUGCAUCAGACUUAUUAAAAGUUUUAAAAUGUGAAAAAAUAAUCUUGAUUUCCUGUAUCUUUUGAAUAUGACAGCCUGUUCCCCACUUGAGGUUAUUUUACUUCUUUUUCCACACUUUGUACCCAAGCAUCAAGACUAAAUUCAUCGGCUUUUCAGCGGGCCGAUCUCUUCUGCUUUCAGAAACUGAUUAUUUGUGCAAUCUGAAGUUCUGUUUCUUGAAUGAAAUAAGAGAGAUUAUGUUCUUAGUUCAUUUGUCGAUUCUUCCUUGCUUUGCUAGCAUUAGCUUAUAUAUUGAUUUUCACAUUAGCCUUUGGAUUGCUAUUUAAUGCAUAACCCUAAUAUUAAUUUGAAUGUGUUUAUUCUUUAAUCUAAAAGCGUAUAGAUCGUAAACAUUUAUUUAAAUACCAUCUGGCUCGAGCUUAAAAUGAAUGUUUUAAUUUCUCAGUAACUGUUUUACUUGAAUAUCUGAAUGAGUGUUUAAGAAUUUUUUUAAAAAUUGUGUGAUAAAUUUUAUUAGUUUGUGUUUUGUGUAUUAUGUAACAUAUAUAUUUAUACAUAUUUUUUUUGUUCAAAUAUUUGUAUUUUCAGUAAAGAUAAAUGUUUUUUCUGUUACUUUAAUGUUGAUUUAUUUGAAAAUGAUAUGAAGAAAAUAUGAAGUAUUUAACUGAUGCUAUAUAAUUUCCAUGUUGUUGACAAUGAUAAUUAUAAUUUAAAAAUCAUUUUCAGCUUUGUACUUCCCUCAGGAACUUUUGAUUAGAAUUUUCAAAAAUUGAAUUUUAUUGGCUAUUUUUAACAAUUCCUGAGUAAUCUGAAAUUAAAACAGAGUACUCACAUGAGAUUAUAUUAACAUAAUGUUACAUAAUUAUAUGCCAAGUUUAUAUACAAAAAUUUUGCUUUGUAAUUUAUUUUGCUCAUUUUUUUUAAUUAUUUUUUUUGCACUUGUUUUUGAUUAGCAAUGAAAUUAGUUUUCCUGCUUUAUGACUGUAACAAAUUUUACCGGUGAUUUAUGUUUUUAAGUUAGGCCAAAAUUUUAAGUGUUAUAUUUGUCAUUUUCAUUGUUACUUUUUUUUAUCUAGGUUUCCCCCCCCCCUUUCUUUUUUCAAUUUUUAACUUGUAUUUUCUUUUUACUUAAUCUAGUCAAUUAACAUUGAUUUUUAAUUGUAUUUAUUUAAGAAUCUUUAAGCAAUUUUUAUUUGUUAUAUAUUCAUUUGAUUUCGAUAUGCUAUACACAUAAAUAUUAUGCUAAUUAAAAUUUUAUUCAUAUCUUUUGAAUUUCAUUGUAGAUAAUUAGUCCAUGCAAUGAUUUAAACCUUAAUUAUUUAACUAACUUGAAUGAUAGUUAUCACUAAUGAAUGGCCAUUUAAACUGAGUGACACAUUUUUUUUAAAAAAAAUUCUUAUAAAAGAGGUGUAAAAUUAUUGACAACAACUAAAUAUUACCAUAAGCAUUUGUUUUAAGGUUGAAUAUAUAUGUAUUAAAUGUGAAAUUUAAAUAAAAUUAUAACUAAGCCAUUUAAAUUAUUGAUGUUGGCAUAUAUAUUUUUUUUACCUACAUAUUUUUGAAACUAUUUUAAGUGGCCAUUCAAUCUAAUAUUGAAUAGGAUAAUAACAGAUUUUUAAUCUGUUAGUUUUUUACUUUGAUUUUAACUUCUGUUUUUCAACAUAAUCAUGUUUUCCUAAAUUUUUUAAGCUGUAGUGACAAGUGUAGUUAAAAGAUUGAAUGUAUCAGUGCAUGAUGAGAAAUAUGAUCUGAAACUUGUUACAUGAACAGAUUUUGAUGUAUUUAAUGUAAGUUUCAAACAAUAAAAUUGUAAAUUCUGUCCAA